GUCUCUCUCUCGUCUUUUAUACAUGGACGCACAAAGUGUACCAACGCCCGGUUUCCAAUAUCCGAGGCGAUCUCUGCCAUCUUCGGAUAUGUCGGCUCCUCAGCCGACGUCAGCUGCCGCUCCCUAAGGUCUCUCUGCUCAGUGAGCCCAUGCUGUGACCUUCUGUGUUCAGAAUACCCGACUCGAUGUUCCUUGCUCCCUCAUAAGUCUCCCUUCUCCGCUGUGCACGAGUCUGUUCGGUAGGCGUCCGACGACUCUCUAGGCGGUGCGCCACCGGGAAGACAUGUCCUGAAAGGAAGGUCAUCGAAUUUAGCUCAUCAGAGACGCGAGGAGUACGAAUUUUAAGAGUACUCGGCAUUCCGAUGACCCCCGUAAUAUUACUAUACAAUCUAUACAACGUCGUUAUAAAAUGUCGAGGCACACACACCACCCCGUCAUGAUAGUCUUGAUUAGGUUCCAAGAAAGUUCGAGGACAAACUCUUUCCUAGGAAAAAACCCAUUGUUGUUGGGCCUCAGAGAGUUUACCCCUAACCCCUUAAACCGUCAACUGUACACGAUAUCAAGAUGAAGUUUUCUCACUCUCCAUUACUUCUCCUCGCCACACUGGUAGCCUCCACGGCCGCCAGCCCAUUGGUGUUAGACUACCCUGACAGCACCAUCGCGUCACUGAAGAAGCUCCAGAUCGCCAGUCAAGCAGAGGCCCAGGCUGCUGGCACCACAGCGAACGAGUUUCUCGAGAGCGGCUGUCGGGACGUAAUAUUUAUCUUCGCGCGCGGCAGCACCCAAGAGGGGAAUGUCGGUGGUGACCCCGGGCCGCAGACGAUAGACCUGCUGAAGGCGGCGCUAGGCGCGAAUCGGGUGGCUGCCCAGGGGGUCGAGUACCCAGCGCUCCUGAUCGACAACCUACGGUCAGGGGGGUGCGACCCGGAGGACGCGGCCUCUAUGAGGACACUAAUCGGAAAUAUCGCGACGGCGUGUCCUUCGGCGCGCCUCGUCGUGUCGGGAUACAGCCAGGGGGCAGCGCUCGUGCACCGGGCGGUCGAGUCGGCUUCCGCCUCGGUGCGGGCCCGCAUCGCCGCGGCGGUCACGUUCGGCGACACUCAGCGCGCCCAGGACGGCGGGCGCAUUCCCAACUUUGAUCCUUCGCGAACCCUAAUCAUAUGCCGCAGCGGCGACCUCCUCUGCCAGGGCACGCUGCUCGUCACUGAUGCCCACUACACCUACAGUGAACUUGCUCCUGAUGCCGUCGCAUUUAUCGUUAGCAAGGUCUGAUGCUCGGCAUUCUUCGAAUAAGAAGGGCGAGGGAAUGUUUUGCAAAUAAGCAGCGGCAUGACGUAUUGUUACGAGAAAUCUUGGGGAGUCAGGCUCAAAUAUUUAACCUGCAUAUAAUGAACUAGGAAAUAUUAGUUCCGACAGAAACUUGUAUGUUUCUUUUUCCGUUUCCGCGUGCUUAUCGCUUUCUUAUAAAAGUGGCGUAAACCUAAGCACAUACAUUCUCCGACUUCGGGAAUAAUAUGUAGCUACUUAUAUCGGCUACGUAACAGCAACUCCCAGUAUCUGCCAGCUUAAUAUGCAUAGGGGUAGGGAUAAAGCGGCUCGGUCUGUUGUAUUUCCAAUACUAUGCAGGCUCAAUAGAGCUACAACCAAGGCUGGAGAAACAGGGGGACAAUUAGGCGAUGAGGAGUAGGUUAAAGAACUUUAUAACCUUUCGGCUUAAGAAUAAAAGUGCUGGAAACUCCGGAGUAUCCGAUAGUAUUAGCAGUUAGGUCUAGAG